AUGGGGCCUCUUCCUCAAUCCACCAACUACGCUGGAGAACUAGCUCCAGUCGAUGAGAAGGCAUGUUAUACCAUACACGCUACAACCGAAAUGACAGAGAUAUCCUCCAAAAUUUUGGCUAUAGUCUUUGAAUAUGCUCUGAACAAGUUUGAUGAUUCGGUGAAAAGGUUAGCUGCUGGUAUACCCAAGUUUUUGCAAGUCAUCGACCGGUUUGUGCUAGCCGAGACUGAAUUGAAAAUGUGCCUUCCAGCAUUUCCAUUCAAGUCAGCCAACAAAAUCUACAAAGUGCUAGGUUCUUUGCCAGACAAGGCUGAGGAGUUAGCACUUGAGAGAUUGAACACAAUGUGCACACGCAUAGGAGAGAUUUAUCCUCAUGGCGCCAAGCUCACCAUUAUUUCGGAUGGCCUUGUUUAUAACGACUUGUUAAGCAUACCAGACCGCGAUACAUGGGCGUACGGAGAAGCGCUGCGCGCCAUGGCUGCUCAGAAAGGAUUCAGCAAUAUUGAGUUUUCCCGACUCAAAGAUUUGGUUAAUAUACCUAUGCCAGAGAAGCUCGAAGAGAUAACCUACGUUGCUAAUGCUACGAACUUUCGUCGUCUUUUCCUGAACGAACACGGGAAAGAAGAUCUGGACAUCAACCACGAGAUCGCUACAAAUCCAGACAUGCAUAUGACCUAUCUUGGAUAUAGAAGAUUUCUGGAGUCAGAUUUGAAGUACAUUUUUCCUCUUGGUAAAGGGAGGUCCGGGCAUAGUUACAAAAGGGACGUGAAGUAUCUUGCAAAACAGAUGCUAAUUCGAGGACAUGCUUUUGCGGGCGCAUGCAAAUCGGCUUUCCCAGAUCAUUUACGGCUUUCGAUCCAUCAAUCUACAGGUGAGCAUAAGAUUUCAAUGAGCUUACUUGAUACGAAAACCGGUUUCACUACGCCUUGGCACUGUAGUGUUGCGCUACUGGCAGACGGUGGGUGGAUCAGUGCCCCAAAAGGUGAUUUUGAGAAAGAUGCCAGACUGAAAGUGGUGUACGAGGAUGGUCGACCAAGCUACUUCCAGGAAAAGAAAGCAGGACUCGAUCAGGUUGGAACAGAAGAAAUCAAUGAUAUUCAGGCCUCCACGUUAGCAAUUUCUACCGUGGGAGAAAGCGAGGAGGACAGGAUUACACAGCUCGCAAAGGGCCUGUCACGUUCAUCUGCUCAGAGCAUUGAGAGAGAGAGAAAUGAACUUAUCAAUCCUUUUCUGGGAUCUAAAGAUCCGUCAUUGGACCCGCAUUCUGAGAAAUUUAACCCACGCGCAUGGCUUGAAACUCUUAUGCGUAUAGAGUCGAGAAAUCCCGAGAAAUAUCCAAAGCGAGUUGCUGGCAUAGCUUACAGGAACUUGUCUGCUUAUGGGUUUGGGGAACCCACAGACUACCAGAAAACCUUUGGAAAUUAUCCUUUCGUGUUGCUCAAUCAAGCGAAAAGGCUUUUCAGACAGGAGGAGAAGACAAGAAUCGAUAUAUUGCGCGGUUUCGAUGGCCUGGUAAAAAGCGGAGAGAUGCUGGUUGUACUUGGACGACCCGGAAGCGGUUGCUCAACCCUCUUGAAGACAAUAUCGGGAGAGACCGACGGUUUCUUUGUUGCGAAUGAAACUCAUCUAAAUUACCAAGGCAUUCCAAAGGAAAUCAUGCACAAGGACUUCAGAGGGGAGUGCAUUUAUCAGGCAGAAAAUGAUGUGCACUUCCCUCAGUUGACCGUUAGUCAAAUUCUGCAUUUUGCUGCUCGGGCUAGGGCCCCGCGUAACCGAUUGCCUGGUGUCAGUCGCGAGGCAUAUGCAGACCAUCUGCGGGAUGUCACAAUGGCGGUAUUUGGUCUAAGCCAUGCGGCCAACACAGUUGUCGGCAACGAUUUCGUGCGAGGUGUAUCUGGAGGGGAACGAAAAAGAGUCAGCAUUGCAGAAGCUGCCAUCGGCGGAAGCCCUUUACAGUGCUGGGAUAAUAGUACAAGAGGACUCGACAGCGCCACUGCCCUACAGUUCGUAAGGACACUCAGAACAUCAACGGAGCUAACCGGCGCAACGGCUAUUGUGGCACUGUAUCAGGCCUCAGAGCCAAUCUAUGAUGUGUUUGAUAAAGUUGCUGUUCUUUAUGAGGGCCGCCAGAUAUAUUUUGGUGCAAUCAAUGCUGCCAAAAGGUUUUUUAUCACAUUAGGUUUCGAGUGUUCAACACGGCAGACAACGGCCGAUUUCUUGACAUCCUUAACAAAUCCAGCAGAAAGAAUAAUACGAAAGGGCUUCGAGGGAAAGACACCUAAUACGCCGGAUGAGUUUUCUUCUCUGUGGCAGAGAAGUCAAGACCGAGCAAACCUCCUCAAAGAGAUCGAUGAGUUUGAUAGUCAAUAUCCCAUCAAAGGACCGUCGCUCGAUGCCUUCAGGGACUCCCGAAAAGCUGCACAAGCAAGAUCACAGCGCAUUAAAUCGCCGUAUACUCUUUCAGUCGCGAUGCAAAUUAAGCUCUGCGUGAGCCGAGGAUAUCAAAGGCUCCUAGGGGACAAGACUGUGGUUAUCACAGGCAUUAUUUUCAAUUCAAUCAUGGCACUUGUUGUCGGAAGUGUUUUCUAUAACUUGCCAAAUAACACUGCUUCGCUGUUCGGACGUGGUACUUUACUCUUCUUUGGAAUCCAGUUGGCCGCUUUUGCGAGUGCUCUAGAGAUCUUAACACUCUAUGCGCAACGUCCGAUCGUAGAGAAGCAGUCCAAAUAUGCUUUUUAUCAUCCAUUUGCAGAAGCAAUUGCCUCUAUGAUUUGCGACUUGCCUAACAAGCUCCUAACCGCCAUUGGGUUUGACCUUGCUCUAUAUUUCAUGACUAACCUGAGACGUACACCUGGUCAUUUCUUUGUGUUCUUACUUUUCACGUUUACAUGCACCCUCACUAUGUCCAUGUACUUUCGUUGUAUCGCUGCAUUAUCUCGUACGCUGGUACAGGCUAUGGCACCCGGAGCCAUCUUCGGUUUAUCGUUAGUUAUGUAUACUGGCUUUACAAUUCCCAUCAAGGACAUGCAUCCGUGGUUUCGGUGGAUUAAUUACCUAAACCCCGUGGCGUAUGCCUACGAGUCUUUAAUGAUCAAUGAGUUCCACAAUAGCACAAUACCUUGUACACGAUUCAUUCCGGAGGGCGCUAGUUAUAGUGGUAUUUCUUCGGGCCAGAAGAUCUGUGCGACGACUGGAGCUGCUUCCGGGGCUGAUUUCGUAGAUGGUGAUGUCUAUUUGGCUACCAACUUUCAAUAUUCCUCUGAGCAUCUUUGGAGGAAUCUGGGGAUUAUGAUUGCAUUAAUGAUAUUUGGCUGUGUUGUCUACCUCAUAGCUACAGAAUACAUUUCCGCAAAAAAGUCUAAGGGUGAAGUGUUGUUGUUUCGGAGAGGCCAUGUACCAGACUUGGAGCGAAAAUUUGACGAGGAAGCUCUUGCUGACGGAAGGCUCAAUACGGUGACACUUGCAUUGGAGAAGGCGGUGGCUGACGCUCCGGUCAACAUCCAAAAGCAAACAGCAAUCUUUCAUUGGGAUAGCGUUAGUUACGACAUAAACACAGAGAAUGGCCCACGGAGACUUCUAAAUGAUGUUGACGGCUGGAUUGUACCUGGGAGAUUGACAGCACUGAUGGGCUUUUCUGGUGCCGGCAAGACUACUCUGCUUGAUGUUCUUGCUAGCCGUGUAACCAUGGGUAUUGUUAGUGGUCAGAUGCUUGUAGAUGGUCAACCUCGCGACACCAGUUUUCAACGAAAAACAGGAUAUGUUCAACAGCAAGACUUACAUCUAGCCACGUCCACUGUUCGGGAAGCGUUAAUUUUCAGCGCUAUCUUACGCCAGCCAGAAUUUGUUCCAUAUGCUGACAAACUUACAUAUGUCGGUGAGGUCAUAAAAGUCCUUGAGAUGGAGGCAUACGCUGAUGCAAUCAUUGGUGUGCCCGGCGAGGGUUUGAACGUCGAGCAACGAAAACGUCUGACGAUUGGCGUUGAACUAGCUGCUAAACCAGCCCUUUUGCUUUUUCUGGAUGAGCCUACUUCUGGUCUCGACAGCCAGACAGCUUGGUCUAUCUGCACCCUUCUACGCAAGCUUGCGAACCACGGCCAGGCUAUUCUAUGCACUAUCCAUCAACCGUCUGCUAUUUUAUUUCAAGAAUUCGAUCGUUUGCUAUGUCUUGCACCAGAGGGUAAAACAGUCUAUUUUGGGGAAAUCGGCGAAAGCUCAGAGAUUCUUACGGCCUACUUCGAGGGCAAAGGGGCAAGAGCAUGUGGCAGAAAUGAAAACCCCGCAGAAUGGAUGCUUGAAAUUAUUGGCACGGCACCAGGCUCCGAUAUUACUCAAGAUUGGGCAGCUAUAUGGGGCGACUCAAAGGAACAUAAAAAUGUGAAGGAAGAGCUUCUUCGCAUGAAGAAAGCACUGUCUGAUAAGCCUACAUCAAUCACUGAGGCAGACGUGCUUCGCCCUUUCGCUGCAUCAUUCGUUACGCAAUUUCGGGUUGUACUCAAACGCAUAUUUCAGCAAUACUGGCGCACGCCUUCGUAUCUGUAUUCCAAAGUUGCUCUCUGUCUUUUCAGUGCAUUAUUCAUUGGUUUCUCUUUCUGGAGAAUGCCCAACACUCUGCAAGGACUUCAAAACCAGCUCUUCGCUAUUUUUCUACUUCUUACGAUUUUUGCAAACUUCGCCCAGCAAAUACUACCUAAUUUUGUUACUCAGCGGGCGCUCUACGAAGUCCGGGAGCGCCCGUCCAAGACCUAUUGUUGGCAAGUUUUCAUUUUAUCAAAUGUUAUCGUUGAGAUACCCUGGAAUACCCUCAUGGCUCUACUCGUCUUUCUAGGCUGGUAUUACCCUAUCGAUCUUCGGCAAAAUGCCGUUGAAGCAGAUCAGGUUGCCCAGAGAGGCGCAUUGAUGUUUCUGUUCAUUUUGGUAUUUUUGAUCUUCUCUAGUACAUUUACACACAUGGUUAUCGCUGGGGUGGACACUGCUGAAGCCGCUGGUAAUAUCACCAAUCUGCUUUUCUCACUUGCGUUGAUUUUCUGUGGUGUUCUGGCAACCCCCGCUGCGUUGCCCGGCUUUUGGAUAUUUAUGUAUCGCGUUUCCCCACUUAGCUACCUCGUCUCGGGCAUGUUAUCGGUCGGCCUGGCGAACUCACAUAUUUUCUGUUCUCCCGAAGAACUCUUACAUUUUUCUCCGCCUUCUAACCUGGAUUGCGCUACUUAUCUCGCCCCUUACGCAGAAGCUUUCGGCGGGUAUCUUUCGUCUGAAAGUAUUAAUUCGUUUACUCAAUGCGCUUUCUGUAGUGGUAGCGAUACGAAUGUGUUUUUGAAGACUGUUAGUGCAGAAUACGACAAUCGGUGGAGCAAUUUUGGGAUUUGUUGGGCUUAUGUGGGUUUCAAUAUUACCGCGGCUACUGAAGAUCUAUCAAAACAUCCAGACCGAGAUGAGCAGGAAAGAGAAGGAUUGACGGGUUUGCUUCACUAUGCUAGUUGCCAAACCACGCCCCGCUUGGCGCAAACAACUACUCCCAAGCAGCUUAAGAAUAGAGAGCGCUCAUUCUCGAUUGGUUAUGUUGUCUUCCCGGGCUGGGAACCACUCGACGUGUUCGGCCCCUUAGAAAUGUUGUUCCACAUGUCUUUCUACUACAACAUUACUCUUUCGAUCAUCUCCAACAAAAACGGCCCGGUCUCAACAAUUCCUCCACCUCACGCCUUGAGUGAGGACGGCCCUGUUGUCGACCUCAAGUUUCUUCUUGGUCCUACAAUUACGGCAACGCACACGCACGAUUCUGCCCCACCGCUUGACAUUCUUUUUGUUCCCGGUGGCAAGGGAGCUGCUGCGCUUGCCCAGGCAAAAGAUACUUGGAUUGAAGAUUUUGUUGCUACGAGAUUUACCGAUUUGGAUUAUCUACUGAGCGUUUGUACUGGAGCAGCUAGCUUAGCAAGAUCAGGCGUUCUUAAUGGUAAGAAAGCGACCACAAACAAAGCAGCAUGGUCCAGUGUGGUCAGUUUCGGGACGAACAUUACUUGGGUUCCGACGGCGAGAUGGGUAGUAGAUGAAAAUAUCUGGACUAGUUCGGGUGUAGCUGCUGGACUUGAUAUGACAUACGCUUUCCUAACUCACCUCUAUGGUAGCGAUCAUAUUGAUUACAUUAUGAACCUCAUUGAAUAUGCGCCGCAUACAAACCCUCAUUGGGAUCCCUUCUCUGUUGUUCAUAACGUCCCGGAGCAGACAAGAACGCAUCUCUAUCAGACUGUAAUAGCCCUGUUGGGUAUUAGAUGA